GAGUCUGCUGACUAACAGUGACUGCACAAGAAGAUGAAAUAGUUUCCUUCCUCUUUUCUAAAUUUCCCUCCUGAGCCCCACUGGAGGCUGUUUCAGUUCUGGGAUGACUUUGAAGAGCCAUAUGUUUCAGCAUGUUGCUCCCAGAAGCCUGUGGCUACUUCAACUCCAGAUGAUUUUGCUGCUGUUAGCUCCUGUGGACAAGGCAGCUGCCUAUCUCCCGAAGGCCGUGGUGGAAAUCCAGCCCCCGUGGAUUCAGGUCCUCCGGGAGGACAUAGUGACUCUGACCUGCCAGGGGGCCCACAGCCCUGGAAACCUGUCCACUCAGUGGCUCCACAAUGGCAGGCCCAUCCCCACGCAGGUCCAGCCCAGCUACACGUUUAAGGCCGAGAGCAACGACAGUGGAGAGUACAGGUGCCGCAUGGACCGCACCAGUUUCAGCAACCCCUUGCGUCUGGACGUGGUUCCUGAAUGGCUGCUGUUACAGACUCCACGGCUGGUGUUCCAGGAGGGGGAAUCCAUUGUGCUGAGGUGCCACAGCUGGAGGAACAUUCCUAUGAAUAAGGUCGCCUUCUACCAGAAUGGAAUAGCCAAGAAGUUUUCUCAUUACAAUACCACUUUCUCCAUCGCAGAGGCCAACAGCAACCACAGUGGUGAUUACCACUGCACGGGAAGAAUAGGGCAGACAUUCUACUCCUCCAAGUCCGUGACCAUCACUGUCCAGGAUUGGGUGGUUCCACCCAUCUCCAGCUCUCCACCUUGGUACCAGAUCAUUUUCUGCAUGGUGAUAGUGCUCCUGUUUGCGGUCGACACGGGGCUGUAUGUCUCUGUCUGGAGAAACCUCAAAGUUCUGAAGGAAAAUCCGAGGGCUUGAAGGAAUCACCAGGCCACAUGGAGACAGGGCCUGUGGGACAAAGGACUCAUUCCCGUGGCCGUGCCUCUUCAGGCCACACCUUCCCCCUUCCCGUAGUCCCUCCUUGAAAGCCACUUGCUUCUCCUCUUCAGAAUCCACUCAGCAAGCUGACUGCUUCUCCAUGUUCUAUCUCGCUGGGCCAACGCACCCCUUCUCUUUCACCCAGAUGACCACAGCAGCUUCUGGUCUGGGGACUGCCCGUUGCCAUUGGACAGUCUCUUCUCACCACAGCAGCCAUCACGAUCUUUGAAAAAAUUGUGUGUUGCUUGAAUCAGCGGGCUCAAAACCAGAGUAAAAGCUGGGACCCCCGCAGUGUUCUACGGGACAUCUUGCAGUCCGCUUCUCACUGGCUCUAGGACCUCAUGCCCUAACGCUCCGCCGAGGUUAGCCUUGUUUGCUUGGGCUUGUCUUUGAAUGUGCCAGUGACAGUCCUGCCUUCAGCCUAUGUUCCUUCCUGUGUCUGGAUACUUCUUUUCUUGUGGAUACCCCUAUCCAUGCUUUAUCAUGUCUGUGGUGGUUUGAAUGUGGUUUGCUGCCGUCAAAGCAAAGUUCUUGACGCAGCAAUGUAGGAUGGCGUUGGCUCCUGGGGUGGAGCCCUCGUGAAGGGGCCAGUGGGCAUGGGUUGGUUACUGCAUGAACACGGCUUGCUUCUGUCCUACUCUUCUGUCAUGCUUGGAGCAGCACGAGGCUCUCACAAGAAGCUGAGCAAGUGCACCUGCCCAUUCCUGGACUUCCAGCCCCAGAACCACGAGCUAAACAAAGCGCUUUUCAUCAUAAACUUCCCAGGCUUAGCUGCUCCAUUGUGACAGCAGACAGUGGACUAAGAUAAAGCUCUUUCGGUCUUCACUUAAAUGUCAUGUUACUGGAAAGGCCUUUUGAUUAUUCAACCCAAUCUCUCUUCUAUCAUAUUUCUUUUCAAAAAAAAAAAACAAAAACAUGAAUGUCAUUGGAAGUACGCCUGUAAUGGUGACUUUCAUAUAUACAACCUUGUUUUGGGUUUUGCCUGCAAGUCUUGGGAGUAGAUUUUUGAAGCUGUUAGGGGGUGGAGGAGAAGGUUGGAGGAACACAGGGCUUCAAGGCUGGCCCAUCAUUUCCCUGGUGAAGAUUCUUCUCCUCCGGGUCCCUGGCUAAAACACUUGGACUCUGCCAGCCACCUGUAGUGGCCAGGACUGUGAGAAUGAUGAACCGAAAACGCACAACUUCUCUCCCUUCUGCCAGUUAGACACGGUUCUCAGGGACGGUCUGGUUUUUCACUGUGGAAGUAACUCAUUACCACUUGUUCAAACAUUUCGCCUUUGCCUGGACUUUGGAAGCAACAAAGUGCCAGCUCUUUCUCCCCGGUGCACUGGGAAAGGAUGGAACAAGAAAUCCAGCUGAGGAAUCGACUGGCUUUUUGCAUUCCCGGUUCCCUCUUCCCUCCUUCAAGGGGGCCCACAGGUAGCUCAGUGAGUACUAACCCAUCCGGGAGAAAACCCCCAGGUACCAAGUGGAGGUUUUGGCUUUUUUUUCUUUUUUUAAACAAUUUGACAUUUCUUUUGAGUUAAUAACCAUAUGUUUAAUAAGGGUAACUUUGAAAUGUUCCAAUAUGCUAGUGAAACAUUAACCUCAGAAUACUUCACAUGCCUUUUGUCUGAGAGAAGAUGCAACCGCCGUCCUCGUUAGUAUAGUGGUGAGUAUCCCCGCCUGUCACGCGGGAGACCGGGGUUCGAUUCCCCGACGGGGAGGCUGGAUAUAACUUUUGUGUCAUUAGAAUAUUGUACACUCAAGACUGUGAAAUGUGUUUUGGCUUUUAAUAAAAGUUUGAACACCCUAGAAAUUCAA